GUCGAAGGAGAGCAUGGACACAACGGCGCAUACCAAUUCUGCGAACAAGAUCUGUGUGGUUAUGUCAAGCGCCUACUGCGGGUAGAGGGAGCCAUUUUUAACCUUAAACCCAUUGCGCAAGAGAUUGGGAUGCCCGAAGAGGAAACCAGUGAGAUCAUGAAGAUUUGGAAAAAUGAAGAUGACCAGCUGAAAGCACUCUUGCAACCCUGGGGCAAGGAGAGAAGCCAGGUAGAAGAUCUUGAUAAACUAAGGAAAGGUCUUGAGAAUUUGAAAGAAGAAGACUACAAAGUAACACAAAGAGGCCAGAUGCACAUAAGACACCUGAGAGAACUUGGAGUCAAGAUCCAGGAGUUGAAACGCGAGGACGUUGAUUUGAUGAGGUAUUUCACUGAUAAAAUUAAAUCUUUAUGCAAAACGAUUCUAACAGACUGCUGCAUCCAGUUGGCGAGAUCCGCUGAGGAAGCAGAAAGAGCAGCCUCGUCGGAAGAGCAUGCAAAUUAUCUUGACGUUUGCCAGAAGAUAUCUCACGACACUGCGUCGAAAUAUCAACAGAUGUGUUCAUCGACUAAAGAACCCAUCGCUACGAAUUUCCUGGACUUUGUUCCCCACCUCAUUCAAGACAUUAAAGCCAUCUUUCGUGAUCAAAUGAUUCCAGAUGUGCAAAAUGGCUUGAGAGGACUGUCCAAGGAUACCUUGGAUCGACUGGCCUCUCAACUUAGAGAAGCCGAAAGAGAGAGCAAAAUCCGGCAACUCGUGUGUGAGGUGUGCAAGAUUCUCGAGGAGCUGUGCGUUAACAACUGUGACAACCAACACCCCGCUGUUUUUAGAAAGUGGGGGGAAAGUCUAGGUAUUUGGUCCAUGUUGGAAUUUCUCCAGUCAUUUUUCCAGAAAUCUCCCGAAGAUGUCCGGUUACACAAGAGGUUAGAGCUGUUUUCGCGUUGCACAAGGGACAUUAUGUCAGAUGUGGUAGAUGCUGACCACGUUUUUAUGCUUGGUUUUUACGAUGUUUCGUUCAGCCUGGUACAUUUUGCCAAGUUUGACCCGGCUAAAUUGGUGAGAUUCGAACUCACAGACUCCGCGAAUUCACCGGUGACGUGGGGAAGUGAGGGCAUAAGGUACGACUGUCAAAAUGACACAUUCUCUCAGCUGUUCUGCUUUCGAAAAGACGAAGAAGGAGAGCUACUGCUUCGUGUUGUUGCUCGAGUUCCUGUUAAAGAGCAAAUUCACGAUGGCCAGAUAGGAGCAUUCCAAUCCGUGAUCAGGCUUCCUGUGUGUGAAGAAAAAACGUUUGACACUUGCUUUGAAACAUGCAAGACUCGCGUAGCGGUUAGUGAUAUCGCUGUGACAAAAGUGGACGUUAAUAAGGAUUCGCAAAAUAUUCAGGUGGUCCUUUGUUCAACGCAAAAGCUAAAACUCGAAUCGUUGCUAGAUGACCUCAGAGAAGAACCAGAACUGCAAGAAUUGGUGGACUGGAAAGAGUCUCAGGUAACCCCGUGUCACUUAACGGUUCGUACCGUGGUCUCCACAAAGCCAGAAACAGUUUUAAGGCUUCGCCUGGUUUACAAAUGGAAGUCUGAAGCAGUUUUUCUUGACAGUGAAGACUUCGUGGCCCAUGCAGAUCCCUCUGCAGGAAGCGCUGCCGUACCAGAAGUACGGUUUAAGGGUCUGACCACCUCACGGAAGCCUGGAGAACUUCCUCUGUUAUUGGCUUCGAAUGAUGGACAUUCCAUGGAACCUGUUCUUUGGCAACGAGGACAGCCACACACCCAGAUACGGUGUGAGAAAAUAGGUAGUUUAAAUAAGUUUUUGAAGUCCAUUUACAUUUAAAUUCGAUUACAAGGAGAUUUCGAUUUCGCACCACGGACCCCAAGACUUUCACAUCUGCACGGGAAAACAAACAUUAUUUCAUCUAAGAGUGUGUUGAACACAGCUUACGAAAACAGCUCUCAACUAUGGAAAGUAUUCGUACGAUCGGUGAUAAACCGACUAAGCAUGAUAUUAGAUUAAGGGUGAUUUUUUUCUAUAAGCUCCGAUAAUGGAGUUUAGGAAAGGGUAAUUUUUAGAUUACCUCAGCUCAUUGGCGACAGAAACUUAAUAUCGUCAAUAAAUCACUAAAAAGCUGUAAAGCCCCGCCUGAAUGAUCAGACAGGGUAAGCAUUUUCAUCUAUUACGUUUCCGCCGGCUGUUAAGCAAGCAAUGUUCGGACUGUUGCGUGAGUGAAUCUUUCCUACAUCAAACAAGUGAAAGAUCAAAGGCUUAGCAUGUAGAGAGCAUGGGAUAAAGAAAAGAUCCCAGAAUUUAAGAGGCUGUCUCUGUAAAACCCGACCACUGAUUUACUUCGAAAAUUCGAUUUUUCUCAUAAGCUGGGAUUUCGAAGCCCUUACUUAGUCAAUCACUGAACUGGGAUUGAUUGAAGUUCGGUCCUCUCGACACAAG